AAUCAUAAUUUACCCAUGGAAGAAGAAAAAAUACACCACGCACCUAGAUAAACAUCCACCUUGAACUUGUCGAACCAGAAGUCGGUCGGACGACGGUAGACGGUAAGAAGAAGACGGCAGUAUUAUCGUCACCGCCGCCAAUAUACUUUAAACAAAGAGGAAACAAGUUUUGAAAAAAAUGAAUACACCUCCUCCGGUUCUGAAAAAGCCCAAGAUUGAAACCGAAGAAGAAAAAGUCAAUUCAAAUUCACAUGGAGGAAUGGAAGAAGAAAACAGAAAGGAGCAAGAGGAAGCACUUGUAGCUCUCAUUGAACACCGAACUAAAGAAGUGGAACAUCUUCGCCAACGCCUUUCCUAUUAUACUUCUCAGUUCGAUCAAGCAGAGAAGAGGCUAGAGGAGACACAGCUGAAAUUAGCUCGUCUUCGGGGACGAGAGAACAUAGCAACAUCCACAAGCUCCCGUGGGAAUGGGACGAGUCCAGUGACAGCCAAAAGAAGAUCCCCAAGUCCCAUCCAGAUAAAUGAGGGCUCUUCUCAUAGCUUGUCUGAAACUAAACCACAACGUAGCCAGGACAACAAUACACCGUUUAGGAAGUCUCCAGCGCCAGAUCGAAAAAUGGCAAGUCCUUUCCAGAAAAAUGAAUAUACUUCUCGCAGUGUGCCCCAGGCGAAACCACCACUUGUCAUUCCCGAUGUGAAACCAAGAGUAUCUCAACCUUUGAAGUUGAUAGAAUCUUGUCCUAAAAUCUCAAGUGGUUCUGAUUCGCAGGCUGGUGGAUCAGGGUUUGCUCAUGGUACUAGUAUGGCAAGGUUAAAAGAAGAUAAAAGUCAGAGAACACCUGAGAAGGAAGCUUCUGAAAUUCAGUCUAAAGGAACAAAAAGGAAGUUCGAGCAGAAAGAGCAUAAAGAGUUGAUACCGUUGAUAAGUAGCUGCUCUUCAGCAAGCAUGAUACGCUGCCAGACAUCCUGUGUCGUAUCUAGUCAACACAAGAGAAAGCUGAGAACAAUUAUCUCAAGUCCUACAAAUAAUGAACUUUUUGCAAGCAGUGCAUUGGAUGGGAUUAUCAACCUAUGGCAGAUACAUGGCAGAGGGUCAACUGUUAAUCGUCUUAGUUCCACUGAUUGCCUUUCAUCCAAGCAAAGGAGAUGGCCAGAAGAUGUAGCCUGGCACCCAGAAGGAAAUAGUCUUUUUUCGGUUUAUAGUGCUGAUGGUGGGGAUUCUCAAAUUUCAAUCUUGAAUCUUAAAGGAAAAGAGAAAACGCGUGUAAGUUUCCUGGAGGAAAAGCCUCAUGUUAAAGGGAUAAUCAACAACAUAAUGUUCAUGCCGUGGGAAGAUGUAUAUUUCGUUACUGGUGGUAGUGAUCAUGCAGCUGUCCUGUGGAGCAAUGUAGAUGGAGAAAAUUCGUGGAAGCCUAAAGCAUUGCAUAGAAGUUUUCAUUCUUCUGCCGUGAUGGGUGUUGCCGGUUUGCAGCAUAAGAAAGUUGUGAUGUCUGCUGGAGCGGACAAGCGGAUCAUUGGAUUUGAUUUGCUAGCUCAAAGAGCAGAAUACAAGCAUCAAAUUGAAAAUAAAUGCAUGAGUGUUCUACCUAAUCCGUGUGACUUCAAUCUCUUUAUGGUUCAGACAGGGACUAUAGAGAGGCAGCUUCGCUUAUUUGAUUUUAGAUUGAGGCAGACAGAGGUUCAAGCCUUUGGGUGGAAGCAAGAAAGUAGUGACUCGCAGUCAGCUCUUAUAAACCAGGCUUGGUCGCCUGAUGGCUUGUACAUAACAUCAGGAUCGGUUGAUCCAGUCAUCCACAUUUUUGACAUAAGGUACAAUUCACACAAACCUUCUCAGUCCAUUAAAGCCCAUCAAAAGCGAGUCUUCAAAGCUGUUUGGCAUCAUGCAAUCCCACUCCUUAUUUCUAUAUCUUCUGAUUUGAACAUUGGAUUGCACAAAAUCAUUUGAGGUGCUAGAGAAGCCGUACAGUUCCCAAUUAUUUCUCCCCUCUUUGUUCCCAUAUGUCGGGGAAUUUUGUCACUGAGAAGCUUACGUCUCAAUGCCUUAGACCAAAAGAAACUCAUGGGCAUGAUCUAUGAUAUGGAAAGACGCUUAUGAGAGGAAACCGGAUGGGAAAUGCUAAUGAGUAUCAGCUUUUGCUCUUGGCCUAAUUCUGCGUUCAGGCAGCUGAAACAGUUUUUGAGUUUGAUUGGAUCUCGAAGCACUACUGCUGCUUGCACAAUUUCACUCGUUCCAACGUCUCUCGUAGCACAUAGGCAUGUCUUUAAUAGACUCCCAAAGUUUUGAACUUCAUAAAGUGUCUUUAGUGCUACAUUUCCCUUGUCAAAGUCAAGAUGUUCCGUGUGAUGUUUUAGCAAAGGAAUAGAGAGAGUAUAAUGGCUAUCAUGUAGCUGCCAUUCUAUCCUUGGUCUACACAUCACUGUGCUAAUAUUUCUGAGACUCCUAUUUUAAGGAUGCAUUUUCGCAUACCUAAAUUGUUCAUUCCUCGGUUCUGAAUCUGAGGGGUAUUCUGAUAGUCAAGUUUUCUUCCAUA